GUACGAGUACGGAGUACACGUAUUCCAUCCAAGAGGGUGUUGCGGCCUCCCUCCGCAUUUGACUUUGCCAGCACGGCUCGACAGCCGAGUCUCUUCGCCCGUGCUUGUAUGAACGUCAGGCUGCUGGAUUCAUGAUAAUCUGCGACAUUUAUGCGAGCUCUGCUUCAGCGCGGCUCCGUCCUUUCGCUAUGCCACUGGUACAUCAUACUUAUUAUUAGGCAUCGCUCUGUUCUCCGAAGAUUUUGGACCCCUGACCAAUGGCCCACAUUGUGCAUAAUGCUGCCCAGGCUCACGGACCACAGAUGUCUGACCCCUGUCCGGCGCGCAUUCCUGGCCGCGGUAUGUGCUAGCCACAUCCCAGCAUUGGCCGGUGGCGAACCUAAUGGUAAGAAACAAUAUAGCGAAAGGUCAAGGUUACUCAGGGGUUCAACGCAAGCUGAUUCUAGCUCUGCUUGGCCUUCUGGGGUUUUCGGCUGAUGCCCACUCAUGCCCGUCCUUUUUAGGCGGCGU